GACAGCGAUAAGAUCAGCGUGAGGAUUCAGAACGAGCUGUAUCUUCGCAGCCAUCCCGAGAUCGCCAACAUCCUCAACUACUUUGUCAACCAGGCACUCAAGAGGCAGCCGACCAACAUUCCCGCGUUCGCCGCAGAGCUGCUCGGCGACCCGCAACUGGAGGAGAAAGUGACGCGUUAUGCACAAGAUGCAGAAGAGUUUCAGAAGACCGUCGGCGGCCUGACAUGAGUGCUUCCUCC